AUGACUAAGGCUUCAACAACUGAGAAAAACACUCUCAGAGUGAUCAUUAAGCAACAUCACACUGAGAAUUCAUCAGCUGACAGAGAGGAAUUAGAAUUUGAAAUUGCAAAACAAUGCCCAAAAGCAUUUCAUCAAAUUGCGUACAGUACAGCUAAAACCACCAUCAGAUGUGAUUAUCCAGAAGACAAAUACAAGUCGUGGAUCAAGUUUUUCUGCAAAGGGAAUAAUUUCUCCUGCGAGGACAGUUUAUCAACAAAACCUUAUCCAAAGUCAAGCAGGACAUUCACUCUCUCAAACAUCAGCCACGGCUUCAAUAUGUCCAUCAGUAAUGUGUCCUCUCAGGAUGAUGGCAUUUCUGACGUGGGAAUUGUUCUAAUCAUAAUAACCGGGUUGGUGUUUCUGGUCGUUUUCAUCCUUGUCUACAAACGAAUCUCCUUUUCAAAAAACAGAGGAGCUAAUGCAGCAUUGCAACAUGCCAAAGAGUUGAAGGACUGUACGUAUGAGGAGAUACAGGAGCGCCCCCAGCAACCAGACCAGCCAGAAAAUGCACUGACCUCAAUUUAUGUCACUGCUAGCAUUCCCACAGAUGUAGCUGCCUCACCACAUUACGAUAGCAUCAACUUUCAAAGCUGCUCUGACAAAGCUGGUGGUGAGGCGCUGAAACCCAGCUCCUCUGCCUGCGAAUAUUCUACUUUGACAUUAAGCAAAUGUCCAACCAACCCGACAAUCACUCAACCAUCCAGACCAGCAGAGGAGAAUCUCUACUCAGGCCCAGCUGCCGCUCUUUUCCCCAGUCGGCACCUGGACCCACUCAGCCAUUAA